GAAAGAGACAUGAUGUUUCGCUUGCUAAAAUAAUAAUACAGUUUAUAACAUACGUGUGAAGAAUUAAAUCUUUCGAACCCUUUACCCAUUAUGAAUUUUAUAUAAGUUGUCGGGCAUUCACUUUAACGGUACGGUAAUUCAGCAGUGAGCGCUUACGCCAUGAUGCAGCGGUCACCUCGCACUUCACACUGGUCAGUGAACAUGUCUGCGUUCAGCACGGGCAUCCUGGUUCUCACCUCUCCGCUGAACACCCUACCGUUACGCAUUGCACCUGUCCUCAGUUCGGCUGCCCAGGUGGUGGAGCGCACCCUGUAUGUCCACUUGCACCCAGGACUGAACCUGGGCAGUGCGGCUCAGGCAAGGCCAGUGUUCAUUCCCCCGGCAGCAGACGUGUCCAGCCUCAUCUCCCGGCUUUACAGCAAUGCCGCCAAUGUGUGUGGACACCUGGAUGUGCGGGUGCUGUUGACGAACAUUAGAGCGCAGCAGGGCUUGCCACCCCUUACGGGAGCUGGUAACCCCUUCCCUUCCCCGCAGACCCUUUCCCAGCGGCCUGAGGUGGUGCUCACUGAUUUUGCGCUGCAGGACCCUGGCCAGUCCUCGCUGGUAGCCCAGUGCCUGCGGAAGUACACGGGACAUUGCUAUGUCUGCACCCCUACACUGGCCUCUGUGCUUCUGCAUCCACAGCUGGAGCCACUGCCAGAGCAGGAAGGGUUUGACAUUGAGGAACCUGAGCCCCUGCAAACCUACAGUGACGUAGUGGUGGGUGGCACCUUUGACCGCCUUCAUGGGGCCCACAAGACUCUCCUGAACAUCUCCUGUCUACUGGCAAACAAGCGUUUUGUGAUAGGGGUUUGUGAUAAAGAGCUGCUGAAAAAUAAGGUACUGAAGGAACUAAUCGAACCCUAUGAUCUGCGGGUUCAGAAGCUCAAGGAGUUCCUGCAAGAUGUGAAACCCUCGCUGCAGUAUGAGAUAGUGCCUCUCUCUGAUCCCUUUGGCCCCUCCAUCACAGACCCUAACCUGGAAUGCAUUGUGGUGAGCGAGGAAACCAGGAAGGGAGGUGAGGCCGUCAACAAAAAGCGCCAGGAAAAUGGGCUCUCAACUUUGGUGCUGCACGAAAUUCAGCUGCUCAAAGAUGCCCACCACAGUGAGAUUGAGGAGGAGAAAAUCAGCUCGUCGAGUCUCCGGACUCGUCUACUGGGGACCCUCCUCACACCGCCAAAGGACCGGCCUCAUCUUACCCCCUUCCCCUAUGUGAUUGGCCUCACCGGGGGCAGUGGGAGUGGUAAGAGCUCUGUGGCUUGCCGUCUGGAGGCCCUUGGUGCAAUUCGCAUUGAUGCUGACCAGCUGGGGCACCAGACAUACCAGCCUGGGGAAGUCGCCUACCAGAAGGUGGUUGAAGAGUUUGGGUCAGACAUUUUGAAUGAGGAUAAAACUAUCAAUAGACGGUGCCUUGGUCGUAAGGUCUUCAACAACAAGGACCGAUUGAAAUGCCUUACUGACAUCGUGUGGCCUGAGAUUGCACUUCUUGUGAAACAGAGAAUCCGACAGGCGAGAGAGCAAGGGAAGCAAGUGUGUGUGGUAGAUGCGGCUGUGCUGCUGGAGGCUGGCUGGGUAGACAUGGUGCAUGAGGUUUGGGUUACGAUAAUCCCAGAGGAAGAGGCAGUUUCUAGGAUCACAACACGGGACCGGCUGACUGCUGAAGAUGCGCGUCAGAGACUGCAGAGCCAGUUGUCCAACAUGCAGCAGGUGGAGCAAGCCAAUGUGGUUCUGUGUACCCUUUGGGACCCCGAAGUCACACAGAGACAGGUUCAAAAGGCCUGGGACCUCCUCCAGGAGCGCAUCUCUCAAAGACAGCUCACAGGCAGCCAUGAAUUGUGACUCUGCUGACAUGGUCGACUUCACAGGAAAUUGCAACCACACUGAACCCAGCUCAGUUCACGGGCCAUUUCUGGGUGGCCUGUAUUUAUAUUACCAUCAGAACUGUACGUGACUAUGUUAGUGGCUCAGGAUUGACUUUGACAUGUGACUUUUGGGCAUUUUCUUUACAGUUACCACAAUUAAUUUUUUUAAAGCUAUUGUUUAAAGGAACUUGCAUAACAUUAAACAGCGCAGAGUUAGGAUAUUGAUCCAUUUUAGGGUAAGUAUUCUGAUAAGGCUGUAGCAACUCUUCUGGUCCUGAGACUUCCACCUUAAAACAUUUGAUCACAAGUCCUGUUCAUAAGAUACUUCACCUGCUGCUGGCCAGACCUAGUACAGCAAUGUGCCUGUAAUGUAGAUCUAAAGCUGUGAAUAACAUUGUUUAUGAAUGACACUAUUUAAAUAUGUUCCUUUUGCUGGUUUACUGAUGGUCAGGUGAUUCAUAAAUCUUCAGUAUGUAUGUCAACAUACCCAGGCCAUUUUCUUCU